CACCCACAACUCUCCCAACCUUCUACACAGCCCCCCUUCCCCCUCCUCUCCCCCACAGCUUCACAGCGCCCACGAUCCUUACUUCCUGGCGAAGACUCACCUACUCUGCCCCUCCUCCCACAACGCGCUGUGCGCCCAUCACCAAGUAAUCCACAAUGUUUACCUCUCUCAUCGCACUCCUCCCCCUCCUCGCUCUCCCCCUCUCACACGCCGCCGGCGCCUCAGACCCCCGCCAACUCGACUCGCGCGCCAUCUACGACGCCGACGCCGCCCUCGCUCCCCGCGGCACUGCUGCUCCCGCUGACGCGCACGGACACGGUUCCAACGGCUUCCGCUCCAGGGCCCACACCUCUGGCCUCCGUCGACGCAGGAACCACGGCGAGGCUGGCCAGAAGCUCGUCAGGAGAAAGGUGAACGGCGGCAAGGAAAACAAGGAAAAGCGCACCAGCGAAAAAAAGAAGAGGUCUUGCAAAGCCAAGACGAGCGAGGCUGCCUCUUCGUCCACCGCCUCGUCGGCUGCAUCCAGUGCUGUGUCUAGCGGGUCUAGCUCAGCGACCGCCGCCAGCUCUGCCGCCUCUCUCACCAACUAUGCGUCUUCGGCCGCGUCUUCCAUUGCCACUGGUACCGCGUCGGCAUCUACCAACGAUACGGGCGAUAACUGGACAGGUUCGGUCAGUUUCCAGACCACCUACACGGUCGGAAACGAUGCUUCGUCUACCGCUACCGCGACUGCCACCAGCUCUCAGGUGGCCAACGCCACUGCUUCGGCCUACGAGAGCGAGCUCUUCCCUUGGGGUACCGGUCUUGCCUCGUGGACGACUUCUGACGGUCUCUUGUCUUACGACAAGGCCUUGAAGCCUUUGACGGCUGGUAAACUCGCCGACACUACCAACGCGCCCGACGGCACCUCUGCCCUCUACGCCUCCUACCCCAGCGGUACCUACGGUCUCUCUUCCAGCACCGGUUCUGGUUUCUCCUUCUACUCGCCCGGUUACUCUGGCGUCGAGGUUGACAAUGCCACCGAAGUCAUGCUCUCCUACUCUAUCUGGUUUGACAGUGGCUUCCAGUUCAACAAGGGCGGCAAGCUUCCCGGUCUUUAUGGCGGUACCAGCUUGAGCGCCGCCAAGAGCUGCAGUGGUGGUAGGCAAACCGACAGGGGUGACUGCUUCUCUGCCAGGUUGAUGUGGAGGACCAACGGUGCUGGUGAGAUCUACGACUACCUUCCCGUUUCCUACACCGAUUCCGACGACGGCUACGGCGAGUCCAUUGACCGAGGAGCGUUCACCUGGGCCACCGGCGAGUGGGUCACCGUCGCCAACCGAGUCAAGCUCAACGACGUCGGCUCUGCCAACGGUGAGCAAGAGGUCACCAUCAACGGUGAAAGCAAGAUUAGCAUCACUGGUGUCACUUUUGCUACCGAGGAGAACACCAAGAUCUACGGUAUCAUGGCGCAGACCUUCUUUGGUGGUCACGACAGCGACUGGGCUUCUCCCCAGGACCAAAAAGCCUACUUCAAGGACUGGUCUAUCGCCGUCCUCGCUUAAUCGCACCCCUCCUCUCUCCUCUCCUGAUUCACCGCUAGUCGGGGUAUCUGUGCAAAACAACGAUUACUUUUUCCUUGGGCUCUCAUCCUCUCUUGCUUUCUUCUUGGUAUUAAUGCGAUGUGAUCAACAGUAUAAUGGGUUAUCAUGGGUCUGGAUACCUAUAUGCGCAUUAUAUCGUCCAUCUCAUCUUGCUGAGAAGGGGUAUACUCCUCUCUCCGCCCAUUUCUUCAGGUGUAGCCUGACAGAAGGGGCCGUCCAUCAUCCGACCCGGCAGGCCCGGGGAAGAAACCCUGUCUAUACGCUUCCGACCAAUGUUAUCUACUGUGUAUAUAGCGAUGUGUCUGAUCAUGUAUAUAUAUUUCCCUGUGGAAAAGAAUA